UAGACGGGACGGGAGCAGACUGGUUGCUGGGUCUGGGGCCCCCUAGGGCGCAGCAGCGGGGAGGGCGGGCUGAGACAGGCCGGCCCCCUCCUGGGCGCGGCGGGCGGCCGAGUGGAGCAGCUACCAUCUGCUGCAUUCGCUCAGGUGCCCAAAGUAGGAGGAGAACGACAAUGUGCCGUUGGUCCCUGCUGUUCCUGUGGGGUCUGCUCCCCGGCGGCGCCCCAGGGGGAACCGGUCGCAGCUACCCACAUCGCACUCUCCUGGAUUGGGAGGGCAAGUACUGGCUGCACUGGGGCCACGAAGGCAGCACCCUUGCUUUCCGCCUGGAGGUGCAGACCCUUGGCUACGUAGGCUUGGGCUUCUCGCCCACUGGAGCGAUGACUUCAGCGGACAUCGUCUUGGGAGGGGUGGAGAACGGUAGUCCCUAUCUGCAGGAUUAUUUCACACAUAUAAAUAGAGAAUUAAAGAAGGAUCCUCAACAGGAUUACCAUCUAGAAUAUGCCAUGCAAAACAGUACACAUACCAUAAUUGAAUUUACCAGGGAGCUACAUACUUGUGACAUAAAUGAUAAAACCAUAACGGAAAGCACAGUGAGAGUGAUAUGGGCCUAUCACGAUGAAGACAUUGGUGAAUCAGGUCCUAAAUACCAUGGAUCUAAUCGGGGAACCAAGAGUUUGAAAUUGUUGAAUCCGGAGAAAACCAACAUUUUGCCCACAGACUUACCAUAUUUUGAGUUGAGAAAUAAAAACGUGCCGAUUCCAAAUAAAGGAACGACAUAUUGGUGCCAAAUGUUUAAGAUACCUGUAUUCCGGGAAAAGCAUCAUGUGAUUAAGGUUGAACCAGUAAUACAAAAAGGCCACGAGAGCCUAAUACACCACAUUCUUCUCUACCACUGCAGUAACAAUUUUAAUGAGAGUGUUUUGGAUUAUGGCCAUGAAUGCUAUCACCCCAAUAUGCCAGAUGCUUUCCUGACCUGUGAGACUGUGGUCUUUGCUUGGGCCAUUGGUGGAGAGGGUUUUUCAUAUCCUCCUCAUGUUGGCUUGUCCCUGGGUACGUCAUUAGACCCUAACUACGUUCUUCUGGAAGUUCAUUAUGAUAACCCAACAUAUCAGGAAGGUUUGAUUGAUAGCUCUGGACUGAGGUUAUUUCAUACCACCAUUCUAAGGAAAUAUGAUGCUGGGAUAAUUGAAGCAGGUCUCUGGGUCAGUCUCUUCCAUAACAUCCCUCCAGGAAUGCCUGAGUUCAAAUCAGAGGGUCACUGCACUCUGGAAUGCCUUGAAGAGGCCCUAGAGGCUGAAAAACCAAGUGGAAUUCAUGUAUUUGCUGUUCUUCUCCAUGCACAUCUCGCCGGCAGAGGUAUCAGGAUGCGCCAUUUCCGUAAAGGGGAGGAACUGAAGCUACUUGCUUAUGAUGAUAACUUUGACUUCAAUUUCCAGGAGUUUCAGUAUCUAAAGGAAGAAAGGACCAUCUUGCCGGGGGACAACUUAAUCACAGAAUGCCGCUAUAAUACUAGAGAUCGAGUACGAAUGACUUGGGGUGGACUAAGCACCAGAAGUGAGAUGUGCCUCUCAUAUCUACUCUACUACCCAAGAAUCAAUCUUACUCGAUGUGCAAGUAUUCCAGACAUUAUGGAACAACUUCAGUUCAUUGGUGUUAAGGAGAUCUACAGGCCAGUCACGACUUGGCCUUUCAUUAUUAAGAGUCCUAAGCAGUAUAAAAACUUGUCUUUCAUGGAUGCAAUGAACAAGUUUAAAUGGUCCAAAAAAGAUGGCAUUUCCUUCAAUAAACUUGUUCUUGGGCUGCCUGUGAAUGUGAGAUGUUCCAAGACAGACAAUGCAGAAUGGUCGAUUCAAGGAAUGACAGCAUUACCUCCAGAAGUUGAAAGACCAUAUAAACCAGAGCCAUUUGUGUGUGGAUCUUCUUCCUCAACCUCUUCCUCCUCUUCUUCCUCUUCUUUAUACCCAAACUUUGUUCUCCAGAUGGCUGUUUUCUUUCUUAUCUUCAGUAACACAGUGUGCAUCAGGCAUUUUGCAUAAUAUUUUGAUUGUACUUGGUGAUGUUCUUUAUUUCAGGCAAGCACAGAAUGUUUGCACUCUUGUUUCCCAUGGUCAAAAUGAUGUAGGUAAAGGUCAUGGACUAUUUGGAAAUUGUCUCCCUCUCUCCCCUCCCCAGGUUGUUUUCCUUAGAAUACACACUUCUCUCCCUAUCUACUUCCAGGUCGUUUAGAGAACACCAAUCAGCCAACUUCUCCUACUCUUCCAGAGAGGUCAAAUUCUACAUGAGCAUGUUCAGUGAAAUGAACAUUCCAUGAAAUAAAAUCUUUCUUUGGGGAUAAGCAAAAGACAGGAUAAUUGUGUAUUUUUAUUUUUU